ACGAAGGCCUUCAUCCACCAUGAGCUGCUGGCCUACCUGUACUCAUCAGCGGACCAGAGCAGCCUCAUGGAGGAGUCUGCUGACCAGGCCCAGCGGCGAGACGACAUGCUGCGCAUGUACCACGCACUCAAAGAGGCGCUCAGCAUCAUCGGUGACAUCAGCACCAGCACUGUGUCCACACCCGUGCCCCCGCCUGUCGACGACACCUGGCUCCAGAGCACCAGCAGCCACAGCCCCACUCCACAGCGCCGGCCCAUGUCCAGCGUGCACCCGCCCGGCCGGCCGCCUGCAGUGCGGGGCCCCACACCAGGGCCCCCCCUGAUUCCCGUGCCUGUGGGGGCCACAGCCUCCUUCUCAGCGCCCCCCAUCCCAUCCCGGCCUGGACCCCAGAGUGUGUUUGCCAACGACCCCUUCUCAGCCCCGCCUCAGAUCCCGUCUCGGCCAGUGCGGAUCCCCCCUGGCAUCCCCCCUGGAGUGCCCAGGCGACCUCCUCCAUCGGCUCCUGCCAGACCUUUCUUCUGAGCACCGUGGGAGACUCCUCCCGCCUACCUGGCUGCCCCCUGAGGGCAGGUCUGUCCUGGCCAGUGUCCCUG